CCGUCUUCCAUUUAACAAGAGCAGCAGCUACUGCCCUUUGAUGAUAAGGAGAAGUAUCAGGCUGUUGCUCUACGUUCGGCUUCAAAUUGCAGCUCACAACAACCUCACAGCGACAGCCACCGACAAAAUGGCGGACGCAAUCUCAGCGACAGCAGCCAUGGACACGGCCGGCAGUGAGACGGCACGACUGGUCGCGCCAACCUGGCCCCUGUCAAAGCGCAUCAAGUACAGCCUUGUCGCCUUUCUCUAUAACACACUGCUCCUCAAGCCAAUGCUCUUUUCCAUGUCACUCAAGAAGUAUCUCGGUUCUCCCAGCGAGAAGGAGCCAGACCUGGUCAAGCGAUACCCAAUCCGCAAGUCCUUGACUAUCCGUAUCUUUUUCCCCCCUUCUCACAACAAAACCUCCUCAUCCCUAACAACAGAUAUCUCCAAACUCCCCACCCUGCUCACCAUCCACGGUGGCGGCUUCACCCUCGGCCAGCCGCACGACAACGACGGCUGGAACCGGACCUUCUCCAAGCGCCACGGCUUCCUGGUCAUCGCCCUCGACUACACCAAAGCGCCCAUGGGACCCUUCCCGACCGCCAUCCACGACAUCGAAGCCCUGAUCAGCUGCGUCCUGUGCGACCCAUCCCUCCCCCUCGACGCGGACCGCGUGGCGCUAGCAGGCUGGUCCGCAGGCGGCAACCUAGCCCUCGCGGCCUCCCAGUUGCCCUCGCUGCGCGGCCGCAUCCGCGCCGCCGUGCCGCUGUACCCGGUGCUGGACAUGGUGACAUCGGCGCACCACGUCAAGGCGCGAGCGCGGCGGUACAAGCCCGCGCUCGGCGGCUUCCGCGGCAGGGACAGGGACUACCUGCUGGCCAUGAUGGGCCUGUUCAACUGGGCGUAUCUCCCGCCGGGCCAGCGGUGCGACGACCCGCUGCUGAGUCCCAUCUACGCGCCGCGGGAGCAUCUGCCGAGGAACGUGUUUUUUGUUGCGUGCGAGAUGGAUCUGCUGGCGCACGAGGCGUGGCGCAUGGCCUGCCGGCUUGCGGGCAAGCGGGUGCCGGACAUGGACGAAGUGGUUGGGUGUGAGGAGCCGGUUGGAAAGGGGGUGCUGAUCACCGAGGGCGACGAGAGGUUCGCGUGGGAGGAGGCGAGUGGCGAUUCGACGAUUCGCUGGCUGCUUGUGCCGGACUCCAUUCACGGGUUUGACCAGGACAAUAUUGCCAGCUUGGUACGCGAUCCCGUCACGAUGGAGGAUGCGCGCAUCAAGACGGCCAAGACGAUUGACCUGAUAGGGAAGUGGUUGUUGGAGGGGCCGUUGAAGGCGGACGCUCAGAAUUUGCUUAUGGAAUGAGAAGUACUAUAGCAUUGCGUAUACAAUAUCCAUCGACUUCCAAUACACAGGAAUCUGAGCU